ACAGCAACCAUUACUACCAUCUUGACUUUUGACCACGACGACUCUACUACGAAAUAUCACGAACGGCCCUGACUAUAGGCGUGUCUGAACUAAGGUCUGCAAACUAACGAAACCUGGCUUCCAUUCUUGUCAUUUCGUGGGCAGGUGCAUCCAUUCCAAGGAUCCUGUCUUCUCUUUCAGGAAAAAGAUUUACGAGUAGGGUAAGAUCGACAGUGAAGCUACGCGACCGAAGAGUGUGUAUUGAUUGAACAGAUAAAAGGUUGCCUGGAACCGUGAUGGCAUCGUCAUUGGACUCGAUAUGCGGCGACAUAACGCACCCAGAGCGACGGUCUUCUCCAAUAAAGCACGCCGAAGAGUGCAUCGACCGAUUCGCCACGCUAUUCUCCCCGCCCACACCUCGCGCCUCUCCCACGAAUUCCCCGCCACUAAUACACCCCACGUUGGAGUCACCCCGCUCUCCGGACGGGGAAUUUGGCACCUUUGUGUCUGUCCCUCCGUCGCAGGACCCGCUAGCAGCUGAGCCGUUCUCGCCUGUGGAUGUAGAGCCCAGUACCAGUCGCAUAUUCUUCGAAGAGGCGGCGCGCGCGCAGGAGAGGAAUAGGCGCGAGGUGUUGGAUGGGCUAAUACAGGAUGAGCCUCUGUUUCGGGACAAGGAGCCGCCUGCGGAGGUGGAUCUGUAUCUGGAUCUGGACGACGACUUUUUCAGAGCCAAAACGUCGAGUGUGCUGCCGUCGCUGGUAUCUACUGCACUAUCAUCUCGACACCACUAUUCCCCGCCCUCGCGUGCAUCGACCCUCUCUGCUGCGACACCGGCCCCGCCAGUGGCGUCUACGUCAUCGGUCUCAACACCCGUCGCCCACUCUGAGACCCUCCCGUCCCGAUGGUUGGACACGUUUCUCCCGCCCCGUUCACCACCCUCACCAUCUGCGCGUGCCACUCUGGACUCUCUGUUUGAUCACCAUGUAGAGCCUCAGCGUCCACAUUCUGUGGUUCCCGUCGAAAUCUCGCAUGACACACCCUUCGCACCUCACGGUAGCGCGUCAGAGACGUCGUCUGUGGUGUAUAUACCUCCUAGUGGCGCGCCGGGGUUUCGUGGCGAGGAAUACGCUUGGGACAAGGGAUUCUCGAUGCAGCUGGAGAAGGAGCUGGAGAGUAAAAUAAAUAGUCACGACCGAGCUGCAUCCGUUCCUAUUGGCGGGCUCAUCGAGAAGAAGAUGGGAGAUGUAGAAUUGAAAGGGAGAAGGGAGGGUACAGUGUGCGUGUUGGAUAUAACACUAGCGACUAUGAUCCGCCCUCAACUCCCCGCCCUCUCUCGGCUCUCUCGUUCGUGGACCUUGCUCUAUUCCUUGGAUCAGCAUGGCAUAUCGCUCAACACGCUCUAUUCGCGUUCUGAGCAGUCCAAGCCGACUGGCGUGCUGAUCGUCGUCAAGGAUGAGGGAGAGACUAUAUUUGGGGCAUUUAUCGGGGACGGGAUACGCAAGAGCAGCGGUAAGGGAUACUACGGUACCGGAGAGUCAUUCCUAUGGCGCUACGUCAAUGGCAAGCUUUCAGUCUACAAGACUACAGGGAGGAACGACUACAUCGCCCUUUCUGAGCGGGAAUCUCUGAGCUUUGGAGGUGGGGAUGGGUCAUAUGGGCUGUAUAUUGAGAAGAGUUUGUUGGAGGGCUCGUCGGCGAAGUGUUUGACGUUUGGAAAUGAGGUGUUGUGUUCGCCGGGGAGGACGCGGGCUGGAGGGGCUGUGCCGUUUGAGUGUGUGGGUUUGGAAGUGUGGCGCGUGGGACCUUAGACCUUUGGGUGUUUGUUUCGUGAUGCGUAAGGCGAAUGCUAUCACGAUUCCUUGAUUGCCAAUGUGAUGUUCCUCACUUGACGUCUGCCUUCAGACCUAGGGCGGUCAUCGAAAGGGCGCUG